AUGGCCACUUUCCACGUUGGCUGUCCGCUCACGCUGAGGCCCAUAUGUCGCUGCUCUCUCGGGUCUGUCGGACCACUGGCUGCCUGCCACGUGGACGCGCAGACGGCUGUGUUGGCGUGGUCCCUGUGGGAGCGCGGGAAGCUUGGGGCUCUUCUUCCCCACCCAUCCCUCGUCCUCACCUCUCCCCUCGUCCCCACCCUGAUCCCCACCUCUCCCGUGGACCCCACCUCUCAUCUUAUCCCCACCUCUCCCCUCAUCCCAACGUCUCCCGGCAUUCCCGGCUGUCCCCUCCAUGCAGACGGCGGGGUGAUCGAUCAACCAUUCCUGCAAGCCACACAAGCUCCUGCCGCUGGUUACCACGCGACUGGUUACACGCCUGGCUUGGAGUGGGGCAGUGGGGGGGAGGCAGUGUGGGGGCACUCUGCCUUCGGUGGCCAGGCACCCGUUGAACCUCACCCUCUAGGCUCUGCACCACACCACGGGCUGGAUCACCCACACGGACUCCUUCACUCUGCAGUAGCAGCGGCAGGGGACGCCAUUCCCAAGCCUAGAAUCCCGGGCCCCAGGCGUCCUCCCAAGCCUAAGAUUUCCGGUGCUGCUGCUGGCGCUGCUGCUGGUGCUAGUGAUACUGGUGAUGGUGCCGGUGCUGGUGGUGGUGGUGGUGCUGCUGGUACCGCUGGUGGUGGUGGUGGUGGUGGUGGUGGUGGUGGUGGUGGUGGUGGUGGUGGUGGUGGUGGUGGUGGUGGUGGUGGUGGUGGUGGUGGUGGUGGUGGUGGUGGUGGUGGUGGUGGCGGUGGUGGUGGUGGUGGUGGUGGUGGUGGUAGCAUUGUCCGUGCCGGCCACAAGGCAGUGCGUGGGGAGGGGCAGCCCAGCAGGGCAAUGGCGGCGAGCGGGGCGCAUGAAGGCCAUGGAGAGGGUGGUGCUGGUGGGGAGGAUGAUGGGGGAGCAGGUGCUGUGGGUGGGCCAGGAGAGAAGGUCGGAGUGAAGGUGAAGUUAAAGCGUAGAGUGAAAGUGAAGCUUCCUGAAGGGAAGAAGGUAGUAGGUGUGAGUGAAGGUGGGCAUGGCGAGAAGGGAAUGGAUGGUGAAGCUGCGAUAAGACGGACGGGAGGGCAGGCAGGAGGGGAAGAGGAUGGAGGGGAGCGGAAGGAGGGAGAAAAGAAAGAAAAGGAAGGGGAUAGAAAGGAGGGAGGAAACAAAGAAACUAAAGCGGAAGGAGGCGAGAGUGGGAAGGGGGACAAGAGGAAAGAGAGAGGGGAGGGAGGGUUGGCAGGGGGUAAGGCGGAGGAAGCAAAUAAACGGGAGAGGGAGGAGAAGGUGAAGGGUCCGAGGAGAGAGGAGGGGGAAGAGGAGGGGGGAGAGGGAGGGAGAGGAGGAAAGAGCGAGAAAAAGGGAGAGGAUGAGAAGGGAAGCAGGCAGGCAGAGGGAGAAAGACGGGGGCUAGUGAAAGCUGUAGGGGUUGAUGCUGGGAAGGUUGCACCUGAUGAGACGCUGACAGCAGCACGCAAGGACAAGGCGCGUCUGGCUGCUGGGGAGGGGCGAGAAACAGUUGGAAGGGGUGACAACGACGGAGAGAAGGGCAGAGGAAAGAAUAGUGCAGAGAAUGUUGGAGAAGUGAAGGAUGGAGGAAAAGAGUCCGGGGAGGCAGAGGAUGGGGAGACCGCUAAGGGGGGAGAGAGGCCAGGGGGAGAUAGGGUGGGAGGAGGGGGAAGGGAGGAUGGGGUUGGUGAGAGAGAGAGGGAACGUCAUAAGGAGGGGAAAAGGAGGAAGAAACGUGAGCGGGAGAGAGGUGAGUUGGUGGGGAAGAGAGGGGAGAGAGUGAGAGCGGGAGAGGGGGAGCAGACGGAUGGAAAGCAUAGUGCUGUGGCAGAGAGGCAUGUGGCAGAGAGGCAUGUGGCUGAAGGCGACGAGGAGGGCGCGAGGGAAGAGGGGGCAGUGGGUGCAGUGGUGAGCGAGGGAGUAGAUGCAGGAGGAGAGGGCUCUCAGGGGGAGACGGGUGAGAUGGCGAGGGCGAGUAAGAUGGAGGGGAGGCGACAUGGGGGCAGGGAGAGGAAGAGGAGUGGUGAGGAGGUGGCGAGGAGGGAAAGGAGAGAGGGUGGGAGGGGUGACGAUCUGGAAGUGCAGGUGACAGAAGAGAAGAGAGGGAGAGAGAAGCGACAUGAGGAGAAGGGGAGAGAGAAGAGGGGAAGAGAAGAUGGUGUUGUGAGGAGGGGAGAAAAGGAUGAGAGAAAGAGGCGCGGGGAUGAUUGGGAGGAGGAUGCAAGGGAGGAGGAGGGUAAGGAGGACGAUGAGGAGCGCAGAAAAGGAGAGGGGGCAGAAAGGAUGUCAGCCAGAGCGAGAGCAAUGAGAGUGCAGGAGACGGCUGGAGAGGAGGGGAUGAAGCGGGUGGGUGGUGAUGAGACAGGCCGAUAUGAGCAUGAGGAGGAGGGAGAGAGAGGGGACACGGAAAGGGGAGCAGGGAUUUUAAGAGAGGACAAGGAGAGAGGGGAGAGAGGGAGAAGAGGGAGGAAGGGGAGGGAGGCGAGUGAGGGUGGGGAGGGGAGUGUGUGGUGCGGGCUGUGUGGGGGAGAGGAGGAGCAGGGCAGUGCAAAAGCUGCUCGCCUGGUGCCGUGCCCGCAGUGUGGUCGCAGCUUCCACCGCCACUGCCUGCUGGGGAUGGCUGACAACAGAGGCAAGCUGGACUGGCGGGACUGGGUGUGCCCGGGGUGCAUUCGCUGUGAGCAGUCCCCUCCCCAGAGGCGCUCGUCUCUUGAGUCAACUCAAGCAAACCUUGGUCCUUUCUCUCGUGUGCCCUUGCUCAUUUCUCUCGUGUGCCCUUGCUCCUUUCUCUCGUUUGCCCUUGCUCCUUUCUCUCGUGUGCCCUUGCUCCUUUCUCUCGUGUGCCCUUGCUCCUUUCUCUCGUGUGCCCUUGCUCCUUUCUCUCGUGUGCCCUUGCUCCUUUCUCUCGUGUGCCCUUGCUCCUUUCUCUCGUGUGCCCUUGCUCCUUUCUCUCGUGUGCCCUUGCUCCUUUCUCUCGUGUGCCCUUGCUCCUUUCUCUCGUGUGCCCUUCCUCCUUUCUCUCGUGUGCCCUUGCUCAUUUCUCUCGUGUGCCCUUGCUCCUUUCUCUCGUGUGCCCUUGCUCCUUUCUCUCGUGUGCCCUUGCUCCUUUCUCUCGUGUGCCCUUGCUCCUUUCUCUCGUGUGCCCUUGCUCCUUUCUCUCGUGUGCCCUUGCUCAUUUCUCUCGUGUGCCCUUGCUCCUUUCUCUCGUGUGCCCUUGCUCCUUUCUCUCGUGUGCCCUUGCUCCUUUCUCUCGUGUGCCCUUGCUCCUUUCUCUCGUGUGCCCUUGCUCAUUUCUCUCGUGUGCCCUUGCUCCUUUCUCUCGGGUGCCCUUGCUCCUUUCUCUCGUGUGCCCUUGCUCCUUUCUCUCGUGUGCCCUUGCUCCUUUCUCUCGUGUGCCCUUGCUCCUUUCUCUCGUGUGCCCUUGCUCCUUUCUCCUUUCUCUUGUGUGCCCUUGCUCCUUUCUCUCGUGUGCCCUUGCUCCUUUCUCUCGUGUGCCCUUGCUCAUUUCUCUCGUGUGCCCUUGCUCCUUUCUCUCGUGUGCCCUUGCUCCUUUCUCUCGUGUGCCCUUGCUCCUUUCUUUCGUGUGCCCUUGCUCCUUUCUCUCGUGUGCCCUUGCUCCUUUCUCUCGUGUGCCCUUGCUCCUUUCUCUCGUGUGCCCUUGCUCCUUUCUCUCGUGUGCCCUUGCUCCUUUCUCUCGUGCGCCCUUGCUCAUUUCUCUCGUGUGCCCUUGCUCCUCCUCUCUCUCGUGUGCCCUUGCUCCUUUCUCUCGUGUGCCCUUGCUCCUUUCUCUCGUGUGCCCUUGCUCCUUUCUCUCGUGUGCCCUUGCUCCUUUCUCUCCUGUGCCCUUGCUCCUUUCUCCUUUCUCUUGUGUGCCCUUGCUCCUUUCUCUCGUGUGCCCUUGCUCCUUUCUCUCGUGUGCCCUUGCUCCUUUCUCUCGUGUGCCCUUUCUCAUUUCUCUCGUGUGCCCUUGCUCCUUUCUCUCGUGUGCCCUUGCUCCUUUCUCUCGUGUGCCCUUGCUCCUUUCUCUCGUGUGCCCUUGCUCCUUUCUCUCGUGUGCCCUUGCUCCUUUCUCUCGUGUGCCCUUGCUCCUUUCUCUCGUGUGCCCUUGCUCCUUUCUCUCGUGUGCCCUUGCUCCUUUCUCUCGUGUGCCCUUGCUCCUUUCUCUCGUGUGCCCUUGCUCCUUUCUCUCGUGUGCCCUUGCUCCUUUCUCUCGUAUGCCCUUGCUCAUUUCUCUCGUGUGCCCUUGCUCCUUUCUCUCGUGUGCUCUUGCUCCUUUCUCUCGUGUGCCCUUGCUCCUUUCUCUCGUGUGCCCUUGCUCCUUUCUCUCGUGUGCCCUUGCUCCUUUCUCUCGUGUGCCCUUGCUCUUUUCUCUCGUGUGCCCUUGCUCCUUUCUCUCGUGUGCCCUUGCUCCUUUCUCUCGUGUGCCCUUGCUCCUUUCUCUCGUGUGCCCUUGCUCCUUUCUCUCGUGUGCCCUUGCUCCUUUCUCUCGUGUGCCCUUGCUCCUUUCUCUCGUGUGCCCUUGCUCCUUUCUCUCGUGUGCCCUUGCUCCUUUCUCUCGUGUGCCCUUCCUCCUUUCUCUCGUGUGCCCUUGCUCAUUUCUCUCGUGUGCCCUUGCUCCUUUCUCUCGUGUGCCCUUGCUCCUUUCUCUCGUGUGCCCUUGCUCCUUUCUCUCGUGUGCCCUUGCUCCUUUCUCUCGUGUGCCCUUGCUCCUUUCUCUCGUGUGCCCUUGCUCAUUUCUCUCGUGUGCCCUUGCUCCUUUCUCUCGUGUGCCCUUGCUCCUUUCUCUCGUGUGCCCUUGCUCCUUUCUCUCGUGUGCCCUUGCUCCUUUCUCUCGUGUGCCCUUGCUCAUUUCUCUCGUGUGCCCUUGCUCCUUUCUCUCGGGUGCCCUUGCUCCUUUCUCUCGUGUGCCCUUGCUCCUUUCUCUCGUGUGCCCUUGCUCCUUUCUCUCGUGUGCCCUUGCUCCUUUCUCUCGUGUGCCCUUGCUCCUUUCUCCUUUCUCUUGUGUGCCCUUGCUCCUUUCUCUCGUGUGCCCUUGCUCCUUUCUCUCGUGUGCCCUUGCUCAUUUCUCUCGUGUGCCCUUGCUCCUUUCUCUCGUGUGCCCUUGCUCCUUUCUCUCGUUGUGCCCUUGCUCCUUUCUCUCGUGUGCCCUUGCUCCUUUCUCUCGUGUGCCCUUGCUCCUUUCUCUCGUGUGCCCUUGCUCCUUGCUCCUUUCUCUCGUGUGCCCUUGCUCCUUUCUCUCGUGUGCCCUUGCUCCUUUCUCUCGUGUGCCCUUGCUCCUUUCUCUCGUGUGCCCUUGCUCCUUUCUCUCGUGUGCCCUUGCUCCUUUCUCUCGUGUGCCCUUGCUCAUUUCUCUCGUGUGCCCUUGCUCCUUUCUCUCGUGUGCCCUUGCUCCUGUCUCUCGUGUGCCCUUGCUCCUUUCUUUCGUGUUCCCUUGCUCCUUUCUCUCGUGUGCCCUUGCUCCUUUCUCUCGUGUGCCCUUGCUCCUUUCUCUCGUGUGCCCUUGCUCCUUUCUCUCGUGUGCCCUUGCUCCUUUCUCUCGUGUGCCCUUGCUCCUUUCUCUCGUGUGCCCUUGCUCCUUUCUCUCGUGUGCCCUUGCUCCUUUCUCUCGUGUGCCCUUGCUCCUUUCUCUCGUGUGCCCUUGCUCCUUUCUCUCGUGUGCCCUUGCUCCUUUCUCUCGUGUGCCCUUGCUCCUUUCUCUCGUGUGCCCUUCCUCCUUUCUCUCGUGUGCCCUUGCUCAUUUCUCUCGUGUGCCCUUGCUCCUUUCUCUCGUGUGCCCUUGCUCCUUUCUCUCGUGUGCCCUUGCUCCUUUCUCUCGUGUGCCCUUGCUCCUUUCUCUCGUGUGCCCUUGCUCCUUUCUCUCGUGUGCCCUUGCUCAUUUCUCUCGUGUGCCCUUGCUCCUUUCUCUCGUGUGCCCUUGCUCCUUUCUCUCGUGUGCCCUUGCUCCUUUCUCUCGUGUGCCCUUGCUCCUUUCUCUCGUGUGCCCUUGCUCAUUUCUCUCGUGUGCCCUUGCUCCUUUCUCUCGGGUGCCCUUGCUCCUUUCUCUCGUGUGCCCUUGCUCCUUUCUCUCGUGUGCCCUUGCUCCUUUCUCUCGUGUGCCCUUGCUCCUUUCUCUCGUGUGCCCUUGCUCCUUUCUCCUUUCUCUUGUGUGCCCUUGCUCCUUUCUCUCGUGUGCCCUUGCUCCUUUCUCUCGUGUGCCCUUGCUCAUUUCUCUCGUGUGCCCUUGCUCCUUUCUCUCGUGUGCCCUUGCUCCUUUCUCUCGUGUGCCCUUGCUCCUUUCUUUCGUGUGCCCUUGCUCCUUUCUCUCGUGUGCCCUUGCUCCUUUCUCUCGUGUGCCCUUGCUCCUUUCUCUCGUGUGCCCUUGCUCCUUUCUCUCGUGUGCCCUUGCUCCUUUCUCUCGUGCGCCCUUGCUCAUUUCUCUCGUGUGCCCUUGCUCCUCCUCUCUCUCGUGUGCCCUUGCUCCUUUCUCUCGUGUGCCCUUGCUCCUUUCUCUCGUGUGCCCUUGCUCCUUUCUCUCGUGUGCCCUUGCUCCUUUCUCUCCUGUGCCCUUGCUCCUUUCUCCUUUCUCUUGUGUGCCCUUGCUCCUUUCUCUCGUGUGCCCUUGCUCCUUUCUCUCGUGUGCCCUUGCUCCUUUCUCUCGUGUGCCCUUUCUCAUUUCUCUCGUGUGCCCUUGCUCCUUUCUCUCGUGUGCCCUUGCUCCUUUCUCUCGUGUGCCCUUGCUCCUUUCUCUCGUGUGCCCUUGCUCCUUUCUCUCGUGUGCCCUUGCUCCUUUCUCUCGUGUGCCCUUGCUCCUUUCUCUCGUGUGCCCUUGCUCCUUUCUCUCGUGUGCCCUUGCUCCUUUCUCUCGUGUGCCCUUGCUCCUUUCUCUCGUGUGCCCUUGCUCCUUUCUCUCGUGUGCCCUUGCUCCUUUCUCUCGUAUGCCCUUGCUCAUUUCUCUCGUGUGCCCUUGCUCCUUUCUCUCGUGUGCUCUUGCUCCUUUCUCUCGUGUGCCCUUGCUCCUUUCUCUCGUGUGCCCUUGCUCCUUUCUCUCGUGUGCCCUUGCUCCUUUCUCUCGUGUGCCCUUGCUCUUUUCUCUCGUGUGCCCUUGCUCCUUUCUCUCGUGUGCCCUUGCUCCUUUCUCUCGUGUGCCCUUGCUCCUUUCUCUCGUGUGCCCUUGCUCCUUUCUCUCGGGUGCCCUUGCUCCUUUCUCUCGUGUGCCCUUGCUCCUUUCUCUCGUGUGCCCUUGCUCCUUUCUCUCGUGUGCCCUUGCUCCUUUCUCUCGUGUGCCCUUGCUCCUUUCUCCUUUCUCUUGUGUGCCCUUGCUCCUUUCUCUCGUGUGCCCUUGCUCCUUUCUCUCGUGUGCCCUUGCUCAUUUCUCUCGUGUGCCCUUGCUCCUUUCUCUCGUGUGCCCUUGCUCCUUUCUCUCGUGUGCCCUUGCUCCUUUCUUUCGUGUGCCCUUGCUCCUUUCUCUCGUGUGCCCUUGCUCCUUUCUCUCGUGUGCCCUUGCUCCUUUCUCUCGUGUGCCCUUGCUCCUUUCUCUCGUGUGCCCUUGCUCCUUUCUCUCGUGCGCCCUUGCUCAUUUCUCUCGUGUGCCCUUGCUCCUCCUCUCUCUCGUGUGCCCUUGCUCCUUUCUCUCGUGUGCCCUUGCUCCUUUCUCUCGUGUGCCCUUGCUCCUUUCUCUCGUGUGCCCUUGCUCCUUUCUCUCCUGUGCCCUUGCUCCUUUCUCCUUUCUCUUGUGUGCCCUUGCUCCUUUCUCUCGUGUGCCCUUGCUCCUUUCUCUCGUGUGCCCUUGCUCCUUUCUCUCGUGUGCCCUUUCUCAUUUCUCUCGUGUGCCCUUGCUCCUUUCUCUCGUGUGCCCUUGCUCCUUUCUCUCGUGUGCCCUUGCUCCUUUCUCUCGUGUGCCCUUGCUCCUUUCUCUCGUGUGCCCUUGCUCCUUUCUCUCGUGUGCCCUUGCUCCUUUCUCUCGUGUGCCCUUGCUCCUUUCUCUCGUGUGCCCUUGCUCCUUUCUCUCGUGUGCCCUUGCUCCUUUCUCUCGUGUGCCCUUGCUCCUUUCUCUCGUGUGCCCUUGCUCCUUUCUCUCGUAUGCCCUUGCUCAUUUCUCUCGUGUGCCCUUGCUCCUUUCUCUCGUGUGCUCUUGCUCCUUUCUCUCGUGUGCCCUUGCUCCUUUCUCUCGUGUGCCCUUGCUCCUUUCUCUCGUGUGCCCUUGCUCCUUUCUCUCGUGUGCCCUUGCUCUUUCUCUCGUGUGCCCUUGCUCCUUUCUCUCGUGUGCCCUUGCUCCUUUCUCUCGUGUGCCCUUGCUCCUUUCUCUCGUGUGCCCUUGCUCCUUUCUCUCGUGUGCCCUUGCUCCUUUCUCUCGUGUGCCCUUGCUCCUUUCUCUCGUGUGCCCUUGCUCCUUUCUCUCGUGUGCCCUUGCUCCUUUCUCUCGUGUGCCCUUGCUCCUUUCUCUCGUGUGCCCUUGCUCCUUUCUCUCGUGUGCCCUUGCUCCUUUCUCUCGUGUGCCCUUGCUCCUUUCUCUCGUGUGCCCUUGCUCAUUUCUCUCGUGUGCCCUUGCUCCUUUCUCUCGUUUGCCCUUGCUCCUUUCUCUCGUUUGCCCUUGCUCCUUUCUCUCGUGUGCCCUUGCUCAUUUCUCUCGUGUGCCCUUGCUCCUUUCUCUCGUGUGCCCUUGCUCCUUUCUCUCGUGUGCCCUUGCUCCUUUCUCUCGUGUGCCCUUGCUCCUUUCUCUCGUGUGCCCUUGCUCAUUUCUCUCGUGUGCCCUUGCUCCUUUCUCUCGGGUGCCCUUGCUCCUUUCUCUCGUGUGCCCUUGCUCCUUUCUCUCGUGUGCCCUUGCUCCUUUCUCUCGUUUGCCCUUGCUCCUUUCUCUCGUGUGCCCUUGCUCCUUUCUCUCGUGUGCCCUUGCUCCUUUCUCUCGUGUGCCCUUGCUCCUUUCUCUCGUGUGCCCUUGCUCCUUUCUCUCGUGUGCCCUUGCUCCUUUCUCUCGUGUGCCCUUGCUCCUUUCUCUCGUGUGCCCUUGCUCAUUUCUCUCGUGUGCCCUUGCUCCUUUCUCUCGUGUGCCCUUGCUCCUUUCUCUCGUGUGCCCUUGCUCCUUUCUCUCGUGUGCCCUUGCUCCUUUCUCUCGUGUGCCCUUGCUCAUUUCUCUCGUGUGCCCUUGCUCCUUUCUCUCGGGUGCCCUUGCUCCUUUCUCUCGUGUGCCCUUGCUCCUUUCUCUCGUGUGCCCUUGCUCCUUUCUCUCGUGUGCCCUUGCUCCUUUCUCUCGUGUGCCCUUGCUCCUUUCUCCUUUCUCUUGUGUGCCCUUGCUCCUUUCUCUCGUGUGCCCUUGCUCCUUUCUCUCGUGUGCCCUUGCUCAUUUCUCUCGUGUGCCCUUGCUCCUUUCUCUCGUGUGCCCUUGCUCCUUUCUCUCGUGUGCCCUUGCUCCUUUCUCUCGUGUGCCCUUGCUCCUUUCUCUCGUGUGCCCUUGCUCAUUUCUCUCGUGUGCCCUUGCUCCUUUCUCUCGGGUGCCCUUGCUCCUUUCUCUCGUGUGCCCUUGCUCCUUUCUCUCGUGUGCCCUUGCUCCUUUCUCUCGUGUGCCCUUGCUCCUUUCUCUCGUGUGCCCUUGCUCCUUGCUCCUUUCUCUCGUGUGCCCUUGCUCCUUUCUCUCGUGUGCCCUUGCUCCUUUCUCUCGUGUGCCCUUGCUCCUUUCUCUCGUGUGCCCUUGCUCCUUUCUCUCGUGUGCCCUUGCUCCUUUCUCUCGUGUGCCCUUGCUCAUUUCUCUCGUGUGCCCUUGCUCCUUUCUCUCGUGUGCCCUUGCUCCUUUCUCUCGUGUGCCCUUGCUCCUUUCUCUCGUGUUCCCUUGCUCCUUUCUCUCGUGUGCCCUUGCUCCUUUCUCUCGUGUGCCCUUGCUCCUUUCUCUCGUGUGCCCUUGCUCCUUUCUCUCGUGUGCCCUUGCUCAUUUCUCUCGUGUGCCCUUGCUCCUUUCUCUCGUGUGCCCUUGCUCCUUUCUCUCGUGUGCCCUUGCUCCUUUCUCUCGUGUGCCCUUGCUCCUUUCUCUCGUGUGCCCUUGCUCCUUUCUCUUGUGUGCCCUUGCUCUUUUCUCUCGUGUGCCCUUGCUCCUUUCUCUCGUGUGCCCUUGCUCCUUUCUCUCGUGUGCCCUUGCUCCUUUCUCUCGUGUGCCCUUGCUCCUUUCUCUCGUGUGCCCUUGCUCCUUUCUCUCGUGUGCCCUUGCUCCUUUCUCUCGUGCGCCCUUGCUCAUUUCUCUCGUGUGCCGUUGCUCCUCCUCUCUCUCGUGUGCCCUUGCUCCUUUCUCUCGUGUGCCCUUGCUCCUUUCUCUCAUGUGCCCUUGCUCCUUUCUCUCGUGUGCCCUUGCUCCUUUCUCUCGUGUGCCCUUGCUCCUUUCUCCUUUCUCUUGUGUGCCCUUGCUCCUUUCUCUCGUGUGCCCUUGCUCAUUUCUCUCGUGUGCCCUUGCUCCUUUCUCUCGUGUGCCCUUGCUCCUUUCUCUCGUGUGCCCUUGCUCCUUUCUCUCGUGUGCCCUUGCUCCUUUCUCUCGUGUGCCCUUGCUCAUUUCUCUCGUGUGCCCUUGCUCCUUUCUCUCGUGUGCCCUUGCUCCUUUCUCUCGUGUGCCCUUGCUCCUUUCUCUCGUGUGCCCUUGCUCAUUUCUCUCGUGUGCCCUUGCUCCUUUCUCUCGGGUGCCCUUGCUCCUUUCUCUCGUGUGCCCUUGCUCCUUUCUCUCGUGUGCCCUUGCUCCUUUCUCUCGUGUGCCCUUGCUCCUUUCUCUCGUGUGCCCUUGCUCCUUUCUCCUUUCUCUUGUGUGCCCUUGCUCCUUUCUCUCGUGUGCCCUUGCUCCUUUCUCUCGUGUGCCCUUGCUCAUUUCUCUCGUGUGCCCUUGCUCCUUUCUCUCGUGUGCCCAUGCUCCUUUCUCUCGUGUGCCCUUGCUCCUUUCUCUCGUGUGCCCUUGCUCCUUUCUCUCGUGUGCCCUUGCUCAUUUCUCUCGUGUGCCCUUGCUCCUUUCUCUCGGGUGCCCUUGCUCCUUUCUCUCGUGUGCCCUUGCUCCUUUCUCUCGUGUGCCCUUGCUCCUUUCUCUCGUGUGCCCUUGCUCCUUUCUCUCGUGUGCCCUUGCUCCUUGCUCCUUUCUCUCGUGUGCCCUUGCUCCUUUCUCUCGUGUGCCCUUGCUCCUUUCUCUCGUGUGCCCUUGCUCCUUUCUCUCGUGUGCCCUUGCUCCUUUCUCUCGUGUGCCCUUGCUCCUUUCUCUCGGGUGCCCUUGCUCCUUUCUCUCGUGUGCCCUUGCUCCUUUCUCUCGUGUGCCCUUGCUCCUUUCUCUCGUGUGCCCUUGCUCCUUUCUCUCGUGUGCCCUUGCUCCUUUCUCCUUUCUCUUGUGUGCCCUUGCUCCUUUCUCUCGUGUGCCCUUGCUCCUUUCUCUCGUGUGCCCUUGCUCCUUUCUCUCGUUUGCCCUUGCUCAUUUCUCUCGUGUGCCCUUGCUCCUUUCUCUCGUUUGCCCUUGCUCCUUUCUCUCGUGUGCCCUUGCUCAUUUCUCUCGUGUGCCCUUGCUCCUUUCUCUCGUGUGCCCUUGCUCCUUUCUCUCGUGUUCCCUUGCUCCUUUCUCUCGUGUGCCCUUGCUCCUUUCUCUCGUGUGCCCUUGCUCCUUUCUCUCGUGUGCCCUUGCUCCUUUCUCUCGUGUGCCCUUGCUCAUUUCUCUCGUGUGCCCUUGCUCCUUUCUCUCGUGUGCCCUUGCUCCUUUCUCUCGUGUGCCCUUGCUCCUUUCUCUCGUGUGCCCUUGCUCCUUUCUCUCGUGUGCCCUUGCUCCUUUCUCUUGUGUGCCCUUGCUCUUUUCUCUCGUGUGCCCUUGCUCCUUUCUCUCGUGUGCCCUUGCUCCUUUCUCUCGUGUGCCCUUGCUCCUUUCUCUCGUGUGCCCUUGCUCCUUUCUCUCGUGUGCCCUUGCUCCUUUCUCUCGUGUGCCCUUGCUCCUUUCUCUCGUGCGCCCUUGCUCAUUUCUCUCGUGUGCCGUUGCUCCUCCUCUCUCUCGUGUGCCCUUGCUCCUUUCUCUCGUGUGCCCUUGCUCCUUUCUCUCAUGUGCCCUUGCUCCUUUCUCUCGUGUGCCCUUGCUCCUUUCUCUCGUGUGCCCUUGCUCCUUUCUCCUUUCUCUUGUGUGCCCUUGCUCCUUUCUCUCGUGUGCCCUUGCUCAUUUCUCUCGUGUGCCCUUGCUCCUUUCUCUCGUGUGCCCUUGCUCCUUUCUCUCGUGUGCCCUUGCUCCUUUCUCUCGUGUGCCCUUGCUCCUUUCUCUCGUGUGCCCUUGCUCAUUUCUCUCGUGUGCCCUUGCUCCUUUCUCUCGUGUGCCCUUGCUCCUUUCUCUCGUGUGCCCUUGCUCCUUUCUCUCGUGUGCCCUUGCUCAUUUCUCUCGUGUGCCCUUGCUCCUUUCUCUCGGGUGCCCUUGCUCCUUUCUCUCGUGUGCCCUUGCUCCUUUCUCUCGUGUGCCCUUGCUCCUUUCUCUCGUGUGCCCUUGCUCCUUUCUCUCGUGUGCCCUUGCUCCUUUCUCCUUUCUCUUGUGUGCCCUUGCUCCUUUCUCUCGUGUGCCCUUGCUCCUUUCUCUCGUGUGCCCUUGCUCAUUUCUCUCGUGUGCCCUUGCUCCUUUCUCUCGUGUGCCCAUGCUCCUUUCUCUCGUGUGCCCUUGCUCCUUUCUCUCGUGUGCCCUUGCUCCUUUCUCUCGUGUGCCCUUGCUCAUUUCUCUCGUGUGCCCUUGCUCCUUUCUCUCGGGUGCCCUUGCUCCUUUCUCUCGUGUGCCCUUGCUCCUUUCUCUCGUGUGCCCUUGCUCCUUUCUCUCGUGUGCCCUUGCUCCUUUCUCUCGUGUGCCCUUGCUCCUUGCUCCUUUCUCUCGUGUGCCCUUGCUCCUUUCUCUCGUGUGCCCUUGCUCCUUUCUCUCGUGUGCCCUUGCUCCUUUCUCUCGUGUGCCCUUGCUCCUUUCUCUCGUGUGCCCUUGCUCCUUUCUCUCGUGUGCCCUUGCUCAUUUCUCUCGUGUGCCCUUGCUCCUUUCUCUCGUGUGCCCUUGCUCCUUUCUCUCGUGUGCCCUUGCUCCUUUCUUUCGUGUUCCCUUGCUCCUUUCUCUCGUGUGCCCUUGCUCCUUUCUCUCGUGUGCCCUUGCUCCUUUCUCUCGUGUGCCCUUGCUCCUUUCUCUCGUGUGCCCUUGCUCAUUUCUCUCGUGUGCCCUUGCUCCUUUCUCUCGUGUGCCCUUGCUCCUUUCUCUCGUGUGCCCUUGCUCCUUUCUCUCGUGUGCCCUUGCUCCUUUCUCUCGUGUGCCCUUGCUCCUUUCUCUCGUGUGCCCUUGCUCUUUCUCUCGUGUGCCCUUGCUCCUUUCUCUCGUGUGCCCUUGCUCCUUUCUCUCGUGUGCCCUUGCUCCUUUCUCUCGUGUGCCCUUGCUCCUUUCUCUCGUGUGCCCUUGCUCCUUUCUCUCGUGUGCCCUUGCUCCUUUCUCUCGUGCGCCCUUGCUCAUUUCUCUCGUGUGCCGUUGCUCCUCCUCUCUCUCGUGUGCCCUUGCUCCUUUCUCUCGUGUGCCCUUGCUCCUUUCUCUCAUGUGCCCUUGCUCCUUUCUCUCGUGUGCCCUUGCUCCUUUCUCUCGUGUGCCCUUGCUCCUUUCUCCUUUCUCUUGUGUGCCCUUGCUCCUUUCUCUCGUGUGCCCUUGCUCAUUUCUCUCGUGUGCCCUUGCUCCUUUCUCUCGUGUGCCCUUGCUCCUUUCUCUCGUGUGCCCUUGCUCCUUUCUCUCGUGUGCCCUUGCUCCUUUCUCUCGUGUGCCCUUGCUCAUUUCUCUCGUGUGCCCUUGCUCCUUUCUCUCGGGUGCCCUUGCUCCUUUCUCUCUUGUGCCCUUGCUCCUUUCUCUCGUGUGCCCUUGCUCCUUUCUCUCGUGUGCCCUUGCUCCUUUCUCUCGUGUGCCCUUGCUCCUUUCUCCUUUCUCUUGUGUGCCCUUGCUCCUUUCUCUCGUGUGCCCUUGCUCCUUUCUCUCGUGUGCCCUUGCUCAUUUCUCUCGUGUGCCCUUGCUCCUUUCUCUCGUGUGCCCUUGCUCCUUUCUCUCGUGUGCCCUUGCUCCUUUCUCUCGUGUGCCCUUGCUCCUUUCUCUCGUGUGCCCUUGCUCCUUUCUCUCGUGUGCCCUUGCUCCUUUCUCUCGUGUGCCCUUGCUCCUUUCUCUCGUGUGCCCUUGCUCCUUUCUCUCGUGCGCCCUUGCUCAUUUCUCUCGUGUGCCCUUGCUCCUCCUCUCUCUCGUGUGCCCUUGCUCCUUUCUCUCGUGUGCCCUUGCUCCUUUCUCUCAUGUGCCCUUGCUCCUUUCUCUCGUGUGCCCUUGCUCCUUUCUCUCGUGUGCCCUUGCUCCUUUCUCCUUUCUCUUGUGUGCCCUUGCUCCUUUCUCUCGUGUGCCCUUGCUCCUUUCUCUCGUGUGCCCUUGCUCAUUUCUCUCGUGUGCCCUUGCUCCUUUCUCUCGUGUGCCCUUGCUCCUUUCUCUCGUGUGCCCUUGCUCCUUUCUCUCGUGCGCCCUUGCUCAUUUCUCUCGUGUGCCCUUGCUCCUCCUCUCUCUCGUGUGCCCUUGCUCCUUUCUCUCGUGUGCCCUUGCUCCUUUCUCUCGUGUGCCCUUGCUCCUUUCUCUCGUGUGCCCUUGCUCCUUUCUCUCCUGUGCCCUUGCUCCUUUCUCCUUUCUCUUGUGUGCCCUUGCUCCUUUCUCUCGUGUGCCCUUGCUCCUUUCUCUCGUGUGCCCUUGCUCCUUUCUCUCGUGUGCCCUUUCUCAUUUCUCUCGUGUGCCCUUGCUCCUUUCUCUCGUGUGCCCUUGCUCCUUUCUCUCGUGUGCCCUUGCUCCUUUCUCUCGUGUGCCCUUGCUCCUUUCUCUCGUGUGCCCUUGCUCCUUUCUCUCGUGUGCCCUUGCUCCUUUCUCUCGUGUGCCCUUGCUCCUUUCUCUCGUGUGCCCUUGCUCCUUUCUCUCGUGUGCCCUUGCUCCUUUCUCUCGUGUGCCCUUGCUCAUUUCUCUCGUGUGCCCUUGCUCCUUUCUCUCGGGUGCCCUUGCUCCUUUCUCUCGUGUGCCCUUGCUCCUUUCUCUCGUGUGCCCUUGCUCCUUUCUCUCGUGUGCCCUUGCUCCUUUCUCUCGUGUGCCCUUGCUCCUUUCUCCUUUCUCUUGUGUGCCCUUGCUCCUUUCUCUCGUGUGCCCUUGCUCCUUUCUCUCGUGUGCCCUUGCUCAUUUCUCUCGUGUGCCCUUGCUCCUUUCUCUCGUGUGCCCUUGCUCCUUUCUCUCGUGUGCCCUUGCUCCUUUCUCUCGUGUGCCCUUGCUCCUUUCUCUCGUGUGCCCUUGCUCAUUUCUCUCGUGUGCCCUUGCUCCUUUCUCUCGGGUGCCCUUGCUCCUUUCUCUCGUGUGCCCUUGCUCCUUUCUCUCGUGUGCCCUUGCUCCUUUCUCUCGUGUGCCCUUGCUCCUUUCUCUCGUGUGCCCUUGCUCCUUGCUCCUUUCUCUCGUGUGCCCUUGCUCCUUUCUCUCGUGUGCCCUUGCUCCUUUCUCUCGUGUGCCCUUGCUCCUUUCUCUCGUGUGCCCUUGCUCCUUUCUCUCGUGUGCCCUUGCUCCUUUCUCUCGUGUGCCCUUGCUCAUUUCUCUCGUGUGCCCUUGCUCCUUUCUCUCGUGUGCCCUUGCUCCUUUCUCUCGUGUGCCCUUGCUCCUUUCUUUCGUGUUCCCUUGCUCCUUUCUCUCGUGUGCCCUUGCUCCUUUCUCUCGUGUGCCCUUGCUCCUUUCUCUCGUGUGCCCUUGCUCCUUUCUCUCGUGUGCCCUUGCUCAUUUCUCUCGUGUGCCCUUGCUCCUUUCUCUCGUGUGCCCUUGCUCCUUUCUCUCGUGUGCCCUUGCUCCUUUCUCUCGUGUGCCCUUGCUCCUUUCUCUCGUGUGCCCUUGCUCCUUUCUCUCGUGUGCCCUUGCUCUUUUCUCUCGUGUGCCCUUGCUCCUUUCUCUCGUGUGCCCUUGCUCCUUUCUCUCGUGUGCCCUUGCUCCUUUCUCUCGUGUGCCCUUGCUCCUUUCUCUCGUGUGCCCUUGCUCCUUUCUCUCGUGUGCCCUUGCUCCUUUCUCUCGUGCGCCCUUGCUCAUUUCUCUCGUGUGCCGUUGCUCCUCCUCUCUCUCGUGUGCCCUUGCUCCUUUCUCUCGUGUGCCCUUGCUCCUUUCUCUCAUGUGCCCUUGCUCCUUUCUCUCGUGUGCCCUUGCUCCUUUCUCUCGUGUGCCCUUGCUCCUUUCUCCUUUCUCUUGUGUGCCCUUGCUCCUUUCUCUCGUGUGCCCUUGCUCAUUUCUCUCGUGUGCCCUUGCUCCUUUCUCUCGUGUGCCCUUGCUCCUUUCUCUCGUGUGCCCUUGCUCAUUUCUCUCGUGUGCCCUUGCUCCUUUCUCUCGUGUGCCCUUGCUCCUUUCUCUCGUGUGCCCUUGCUCCUUUCUUUCGUGUUCCCUUGCUCCUUUCUCUCGUGUGCCCUUGCUCCUUUCUCUCGUGUGCCCUUGCUCCUUUCUCUCGUGUGCCCUUGCUCCUUUCUCUCGUGUGCCCUUGCUCAUUUCUCUCGUGUGCCCUUGCUCCUUUCUCUCGUGUGCCCUUGCUCCUUUCUCUCGUGUGCCCUUGCUCCUUUCUCUCGUGUGCCCUUGCUCCUUUCUCUCGUGUGCCCUUGCUCCUUUCUCUCGUGUGCCCUUGCUCUUUUCUCUCGUGUGCCCUUGCUCCUUUCUCUCGUGUGCCCUUGCUCCUUUCUCUCGUGUGCCCUUGCUCCUUUCUCUCGUGUGCCCUUGCUCCUUUCUCUCGUGUGCCCUUGCUCCUUUCUCUCGUGUGCCCUUGCUCCUUUCUCUCGUGCGCCCUUGCUCAUUUCUCUCGUGUGCCGUUGCUCCUCCUCUCUCUCGUGUGCCCUUGCUCCUUUCUCUCGUGUGCCCUUGCUCCUUUCUCUCAUGUGCCCUUGCUCCUUUCUCUCGUGUGCCCUUGCUCCUUUCUCUCGUGUGCCCUUGCUCCUUUCUCCUUUCUCUUGUGUGCCCUUGCUCCUUUCUCUCGUGUGCCCUUGCUCAUUUCUCUCGUGUGCCCUUGCUCCUUUCUCUCGUGUGCCCUUGCUCCUUUCUCUCGUGUGCCCUUGCUCCUUUCUCUCGUGUGCCCUUGCUCCUUUCUCUCGUGUGCCCUUGCUCAUUUCUCUCGUGUGCCCUUGCUCCUUUCUCUCGUGUGCCCUUGCUCCUUUCUCUCGUGUGCCCUUGCUCCUUUCUCUCGUGUGCCCUUGCUCAUUUCUCUCGUGUGCCCUUGCUCCUUUCUCUCGGGUGCCCUUGCUCCUUUCUCUCGUGUGCCCUUGCUCCUUUCUCUCGUGUGCCCUUGCUCCUUUCUCUCGUGUGCCCUUGCUCCUUUCUCUCGUGUGCCCUUGCUCCUUUCUCCUUUCUCUUGUGUGCCCUUGCUCCUUUCUCUCGUGUGCCCUUGCUCCUUUCUCUCGUGUGCCCUUGCUCAUUUCUCUCGUGUGCCCUUGCUCCUUUCUCUCGUGUGCCCUUGCUCCUUUAUCUCGUGUGCCCUUGCUCCUUUCUCUCGUGUGCCCUUGCUCCUUUCUCUCGUGUGCCCUUGCUCAUUUCUCUCGUGUGCCCUUGCUCCUUUCUCUCGGGUGCCCUUGCUCCUUUCUCUCGUGUGCCCUUGCUCCUUUCUCUCGUGUGCCCUUGCUCCUUUCUCUCGUGUGCCCUUGCUCCUUUCUCUCGUGUGCCCUUGCUCCUUGCUCCUUUCUCUCGUGUGCCCUUGCUCCUUUCUCUCGUGUGCCCUUGCUCCUUUCUCUCGUGUGCCCUUGCUCCUUUCUCUCGUGUGCCCUUGCUCCUUUCUCUCGUGUGCCCUUGCUCCUUUCUCUCGUGUGCCCUUGCUCAUUUCUCUCGUGUGCCCUUGCUCCUUUCUCUCGUGUGCCCUUGCUCCUUUCUCUCGUGUGCCCUUGCUCCUUUCUUUCGUGUUCCCUUGCUCCUUUCUCUCGUGUGCCCUUGCUCCUUUCUCUCGUGUGCCCUUGCUCCUUUCUCUCGUGUGCCCUUGCUCCUUUCUCUCGUGUGCCCUUGCUCAUUUCUCUCGUGUGCCCUUGCUCCUUUCUCUCGUGUGCCCUUGCUCCUUUCUCUCAUGUGCCCUUGCUCCUUUCUCUCGUGUGCCCUUGCUCCUUUCCCUCGUGUGCCCUUGCUCCUUUCUCUCGUGUGCCCUUGCUCUUUUCUCUCGUGUGCCCUUGCUCCUUUCUCUCGUGUGCCCUUGCUCCUUUCUCUCGUGUGCCCUUGCUCCUUUCUCUCGUGUGCCCUUGCUCCUUUCUCUCGUGUGCCCUUGCUCCUUUCUCUCGUGUGCCCUUGCUCCUUUCUCUCGUGCGCCCUUGCUCAUUUCUCUCGUGUGCCGUUGCUCCUCCUCUCUCUCGUGUGCCCUUGCUCCUUUCUCUCGUGUGCCCUUGCUCCUUUCUCUCAUGUGCCCUUGCUCCUUUCUCUCGUGUGCCCUUGCUCCUUUCUCUCGUGUGCCCUUGCUCCUUUCUCCUUUCUCUUGUGUGCCCUUGCUCCUUUCUCUCGUGUGCCCUUGCUCAUUUCUCUCGUGUGCCCUUGCUCCUUUCUCUCGUGUGCCCUUGCUCCUUUCUCUCGUGUGCCCUUGCUCCUUUCUCUCGUGUGCCCUUGCUCCUUUCUCUCGUGUGCCCUUGCUCAUUUCUCUCGUGUGCCCUUGCUCCUUUCUCUCGGGUGCCCUUGCUCCUUUCUCUCGUGUGCCCUUGCUCCUUUCUCUCGUGUGCCCUUGCUCCUUUCUCUCGUGUGCCCUUGCUCCUUUCUCUCGUGUGCCCUUGCUCCUUUCUCCUUUCUCUUGUGUGCCCUUGCUCCUUUCUCUCGUGUGCCCUUGCUCCUUUCUCUCGUGUGCCCUUGCUCAUUUCUCUCGUGUGCCCUUGCUCCUUUCUCUCGUGUGCCCUUGCUCCUUUCUCUCGUGUGCCCUUGCUCCUUUCUCUCGUGUGCCCUUGCUCCUUUCUCUCGUGUGCCCUUGCUCCUUUCUCUCGUGUGCCCUUGCUCCUUUCUCUCGUGUGCCCUUGCUCCUUUCUCUCGUGUGCCCUUGCUCCUUUCUCUCGUGCGCCCUUGCUCAUUUCUCUCGUGUGCCCUUGCUCCUCCUCUCUCUCGUGUGCCCUUGCUCCUUUCUCUCGUGUGCCCUUGCUCCUUUCUCUCAUGUGCCCUUGCUCCUUUCUCUCGUGUGCCCUUGCUCCUUUCUCUCGUGUGCCCUUGCUCCUUUCUCCUUUCUCUUGUGUGCCCUUGCUCCUUUCUCUCGUGUGCCCUUGCUCCUUUCUCUCGUGUGCCCUUGCUCCUUUCUCUCGUGUGCCCUUGCUCAUUUCUCUCGUGUGCCCUUGCUCCUUUCUCUCGUGUGCCCUUGCUCCUUUCUCUCGUGUGCCCUUGCUCCUUUCUCUCGUGCGCCCUUGCUCAUUUCUCUCGUGUGCCCUUGCUCCUCCUCUCUCUCGUGUGCCCUUGCUCCUUUCUCUCGUGUGCCCUUGCUCCUUUCUCUCGUGUGCCCUUGCUCCUUUCUCUCGUGUGCCCUUGCUCCUUUCUCUCCUGUGCCCUUGCUCCUUUCUCCUUUCUCUUGUGUGCCCUUGCUCCUUUCUCUCGUGUGCCCUUGCUCCUUUCUCUCGUGUGCCCUUGCUCCUUUCUCUCGUGUGCCCUUUCUCAUUUCUCUCGUGUGCCCUUGCUCCUUUCUCUCGUGUGCCCUUGCUCCUUUCUCUCGUGUGCCCUUGCUCCUUUCUCUCGUGUGCCCUUGCUCCUUUCUCUCGUGUGCCCUUGCUCCUUUCUCUCGUGUGCCCUUGCUCCUUUCUCUCGUGUGCCCUUGCUCCUUUCUCUCGUGUGCCCUUGCUCCUUUCUCUCGUGUGCCCUUGCUCCUUUCUCUCGUGUGCCCUUGCUCCUUUCUCUCGUGUGCCCUUGCUCCUUUCUCUCGUGUGCCCUUGCUCCUUUCUCUCGUGUGCCCUUGCUCCUUUCUCUCGUGUGCCCUUGCUCCUUUCUCUCGUGUGCCCUUGCUCCUUUCUCUCGUGUGCCCUUGCUCCUUUCUCUCGUGUGCCCUUGCUCAUUUCUCUCGUGUGCCCUUGCUCCUUUCUCUCGUGUGCCCUUGCUCCUUUCUCUCGUGUGCCCUUGCUCCUUUCUCUCGUGCCUGCCAGCGCUACGGGGAGCCGUCGUCCAUCGUGUGCUGCUAUCGCUGUGACAGGGGCUACCAUGUGGCAUGCACUCAGCUGCACACCAAGCCCAAACACUAUGCUGCUGUCCCUCACAAUAUUCUCUGCACCUCUCUGCACCCCUCUGCACCAUCUACCCGCUUCUUCGUUCCUCUGCUCCCUUCUGCACCCCUCUACGUUCCUCUUCACUCACACAUCUGCACCUCUCUCCAUCCCUCUGCACUGCACCUUCUGCAUCCCUCUGCACCCCACCAGUCGCCCUUCAAGGGUCCCUUCCUGUGUCCCAGCCACACGCAGUGCCACAGCUGCGGCUCCAAAGUGCCGGGCAGUGGCACGUCCUCGCGCUGCUGCCUCAACUACAUGUUCUGUCACACUUCUCACUCUCCCAUCCUCCUCUCCCCUCCUCCUCCCCCCAUUCUCCCACCCCCCUCCCCUUCCCCAUCCCCCCAGGGGGUUUUUCGCUACAUGCUCUUUGACACCUUGCCCUUUUCCCCUAUCCCGUUUUGUUCCCUCCUGACCGCCUGUCCGCUCGUUCUUCCCACGGCCCGCAGGUGGUUCUUCAACUACAUGCUGUGUGACGCCUGUGGCCGCCUCUUCGUCAAGAAGAAGCACUGCCCCGUCUGCCUCAGGGUCCACGUGGGGGAGGAAAGCACUGCUGGGGAGGGUGCAGCCCGGGUGGGGCAGCUGGGGUGGGGCAGCUGGGGUGGGGCAGCUGGGGUGGGGCAGCUGGGGUGGGGCAGCUGGGGUGGGGCAGCUGGGGUGGGGCAGCUGGGGGGUAGGGUAGGUGGAGUGGGGCAGCUGGGGUGGGUGCAGCUGGGGCGUGACUGA